AUGGGGAAAGGGAGGAAAGGUGGGUAUGGAGAAAAAAGGUAGAUAUGGAGAAGAAGGUAGGCAUGGGAGAAAAGAGAUGGCAAGAGGAAGAAAGAAGCCAUGCUGGAAGAAGGUACAUGGUUCGGGUCCGAGCCGUGGUGAUGGCCCGAGAUGACUCCAGUGGGGGCUGGCUGCCUGUGGGGGGCGGGGGCCUCAGCCAGGUGAGCGUAUGUCGGGUCCGAGGGGCCAGGCCCGAGGGGGGGGCCCGCCAGGGGCACUACGUCAUCCACGGGGAGCGCCUCCGGGACCAGAAAACCACCUUGGAGUGCACCCUGCGGCCAGGCUUGGUUUAUAACAAGGUGAACCCCAUCUUCCAUCACUGGAGCCUGGGUGACUGCAAGUUUGGGCUGACGUUUCAGAGUCCGGCAGAGGCUGAUGAGUUCCAGAAGAGCCUGCUGGCAGCACUGGCUGCACUGGGUCGAGGCUCGCUCACCCCCUCCUCCUCCUCCUCCUCUUCCUCCUCCCCUUCCCAGGAUACCGCAGACACUCCCUGCCCUCUGACGUCCCACGUGGACAGCGACUCCUCCUCCAGUCACAGCCACCAGGAGACGCCUCCCACCGCAGCGGCGGCCCCCAUCGUCACCGUGGAGUCAGCUUCUGGCUUCGGGCCGGCCACGCCCCCCCAGCGCCGCCGCUCGUCAGCUCAGAGCUACCCUCCGCUCCUACCGUUCACGGGGAUUCCGGAGCCUUCGGAGCCCCUGGCUGGGACAGGGGGGCUGGGCUGGGGCGGCCGCGGCUAUGAGGAUUACCGGCGAGCUGGGCCACCCGCACCCCUCGCCCUAUCCACCUGCGUCGUGCGCUUCGCCAAGACCGGCGCGUUGAGGGGCGCAGCCCUGGGGCCCCCCACAGCCCUGCCCGCCCCUCUCACCGAGGCUGCGCCUCCAGCGCCCCCGGCUCGCCCACCCCCGGGCCCCGGCCCGGCCCCUGCGCCUGCCAAGGCCUCCCCGGAGGCGGAGGAGGCGGCGCGCUGCGUGCACUGCCGCGCGCUCUUCCGCCGUCGCGCCGACGGGCGUGGCGGCCGCUGCGCCGAGGCCCCGGACCCGGGUCGCCGGCUGGUGCGCCGUCUCAGCUGCCUGUGGUGCGCCGAGAGCUUGCUCUACCACUGCCUGUCGGAUGCCGAGGGCGACUUCUCGGACCCGUGCGCCUGCGAGCCGGGCCACCCGCGCCCCGCCGCGCGCUGGGCCGCGCUGGCCGCGCUCUCCCUCGCCGUGCCCUGCCUCUGCUGCUACGCGCCCCUGCGCGCAUGCCACUGGGUCGCAGCGCGAUGCGGCUGCGCAGGCUGCGGGGGUCGCCACGAGGAGGCGGCGCGGUGAGGACGGCCUGGUGGGUCCGGUAGCCGGACCAAGGACCCAAAAUUGAGGGUCCAGGACCCCGGACUCCGUUCGGACCCCAAACCCAAACCUAGGCACACCCGGAACUUGGAGCUUGAGUUUGGAUUGAGAGACCCCAGACCUGGAACCUGGACCCCAAAUGUAGGACUGAGAGACCCCAGAACCAGCUUCACUGGGAUGUCUGUCCAAGAGGUCCCAAGCAUCCUGAGUUCUGGCGUCCCCGUUCUCCAUCCCCACUCCACCCCGCUCUGGCCCAGACUGAGGAGAUUCCAGGGAUGCCCAGACUCUUCACCUCAGGCAGGCAGGGGAGCACAUGGAUGCCUGAGAAUCGGGCUCUGAAUCCUGACUCCCUGUUCAAAUUACCAAUCUAGACCCAGUCAUGCCUGGCACCAUGAACCCUCAAAUGACAGCCCCAGAAUUAGGAGUUGCCGGUACCUGACCCUGCCUGUAUACAAUUACUCCCAGAUCUUGAGACCCUAAGACCCAGAAUCACCCCCAAGUCGUUCCUGAAUGCUCACCUAAAACUCGGAGCACCUGUAUCUGAGAUGUUCUUGUAGCCCCAGGACUUCUUAGAUACCGAAUCCUCUUAAGAUACUCUGAGUCCUUGGAUGUGCUCAAACAGAUGUUCUCUGACCCAAAUGACUUGGGAGACCCAUCUCAGAGCCCUCCUCCCCACACGCACACUGCCCAAGAUCCAGAAUUAAGGCUCAAAGAUGCUCUGUGAGCCAGGGAUCAAAGAAGUCUGUAGACCACCAACACCAAGCCUGUGUUCCCAGGAGCUUUCAGUUUCAUAUGUAGGACUCUGAGGUGCCUAGUCCUGUAGAUGUAAGACUGGAGGCAACCAACACCUCAGGGCCCAAGACAUUGGUACCAACCCCUCAGAUAGCCCUCUUUCAAUCCUCCUUGGACUUGCGUUUCAAGCCCCAGAAUGUCCUGGAAUCUUUGGCUUCUUCGUACCCACAGAUUCCCCAAUCCACUGAAGGCUGAGAGCCCAGCUCCCACAAGAUGGGAUGUUCAUGGCAACUCAAGCCUCUGACCCCUUGCCCCUGAGUGACCCCA